AAUGCACAGAAAGAGCCCAUGACCUGGUCCACUGUAUGUAAAUAAGCAGACCUUACACUCGUGGAUUGCUGAGAACAUUGGUGGAAACAUAUCAGGGUUCAAUUCAAGCGAUUUCAGCACUUGGAAUAACUUUCUUUUGGAAUAACUUCGGAUCCCCGAAGAAACUGCUCCUCCUCUUUCCAGCUGAUACGAUUUAGCAUUCGCAAGCAAUCACAUCAACAGGCAAGGGGACGUGAGUUGAGUUUGGGCGGUUGUGCCAAGCACGUGCAUUUUAACCGAUGUGCCUCUGAACAGCAGAACUCUGAGGGUUUUGAGCUUCAUCAAAUGUUCAGUUGAGGUUUGGGCCUCAUCCCUGUGUGCUCUGAGUCUAACUUAUCUCAUACAUCACUGGACCGAAGUAAGACUGCUUCGUUCUGAGGUAACUGUGGGCCUUAGUUCGACCAAUGACCAGCCGACGUCUACAUUGUGAGCAGGUUCUCCACAGGGAAACUAUUUCGACUGGCGAGAGCUGCGGUCCACCUGCUGCGUUUCAAACUGCGGGUUGCAUUAUCGUCUGCAAACGGUUGCAGGUAUCUCUUCCCAUUAUGGACAAUGCAUUGGACAGUCUCAUUAAAACGGAAUUCAUAAACGUUGGUGUUGGGGAUCCCAGGUUCCAUCGUGAUGACUUCUGGCACACGCACACAGACUAUGAGAUAUGUCUACACACCAAUAGCAUGUGUUUUAGGAAGAAGGCUUCUUGUGUCAGGAGGCGGUACAGUGAGUUUGUGUGGCUGCGCCACUGUCUGCAGCAGAAUGCUCUGAUCAUAGAGUUGCCCAAGCUUCCCCCGUGGAAUCCCUUCUUCAGCAUGACCAACAAGGAGCAAGUCACCCAGAGGAUGAAGGGCCUUCAGGAGUUCUUGGAAAUUGUGCUGGAGACGCCCCUGCUGCUGUCCGACAGCCACCUCCACCUCUUCCUCCAGUCGGAGCUCAGCGUCCCCAGGAUCGAGAGGUGUGCCCGGGGCGAGACGCGCUACUCUGUGGCCGAGGCCAUCCAGCGCUCCAGCGGCUGCCUCAUCUCCUCCAGCUUUCCCCUGGACUCCACGGGCAAGGGGUACUGCGACUCAGACUGUGAAAGCAGUGCCUCAUCAGGCUUGGGAUUAAGUGGCGACGUCCACUCGAGAUGCGUCGGUCUCUCCUGCCUGGAGUCUUCCUGCGGAGACCAUGAGUUGUUCUGCACCCUCUCUCGUUCGCCCUCGGAAGAAAAAAGCACGCAUUCUUAAGUUUUACUCGCUGAUUUGGUGUUUGAACUAAUUGUUUCCCCCCCCAACCAAUUGUUAUCUAUUUCAGUCUCUUCCCCUACUUUUGUUCUUAACAGUGCGUUUGUUUCAAUGCAGUCAGCGUAGUUGCCGACUGGGUCUUGUAACGUUCUGUCUAAAGGAAUUAGACCAGUACUUUGUCCCUGUAAAAUAUUUUU